AUGGGUUCAGGUGCAGUACAAUUGUUUCUGAUCUUGGGGCUUCUGGCUACCUCGUGCAUAGCACAAGCCCCAGGUGGUGCACCCGCACAGCCUCCCUCAACCACCCCACCACCACCACCCAUAUCAGCACCAGCACCAGCUCCCACCACCCCUGCGGCUCCUCCACCGCGUACACCAACUCCUACACCUACACCCACACCAGCUGCUCCCGCCCCUACUCCAACUUCGUCUCCUCCUCCUUCACCUACCCCAUCUCAGGCGCCGACCCCUUCUUCUUCCUCUCCACCAGCACCAAGUACACCCAACACACCUGCAUCUGCACCUUCACCCUCAGGUGCCGCCAACACACCACCCCCACCCUCCGCCGCAUUCUCGGUUAGCAAGGCCUUCGUUGCUGGCUCUGCCCUCGCGGGAACCUUCGUGGCGAUGGUUUUGGCUUAA